UUUCCUGCUCUCUCUGCAGAAGAAUGAAACAGCUGCUUGUGAUCUCUUACCUCUUCUGGGUGCUCGUUCUUGGGGGGCUAGGAUAUAGAUCCCUAGCACAACCUGGACCAGAGGUUGCGGAGACAGCGAGUCCAUGGAGCCUGGAGACCUAUCAGUAUAACAGAUACCACCCCAUGGGGGAGAUCUAUCAGUGGAUGAGCCAGAUAGCUGAGAAGUACAAGGACGUGGUAACUCAGCAUUACCUUGGGAUGACUUAUGAGAUGCGGCCCAUGUAUUAUUUUAAGAUCAGUCAGCCGUCCAAUGACCCCAAGAAGAUCAUUUGGAUGGACUGUGGAAUUCAUGCCAGAGAAUGGAUUGCCCCAGCUUUUUGCCAAUGGUUUGUAAAAGAAAUUCUACAAAAUUAUAAAGACAACUCAAAGAUAAGAAAUCUCCUUAGAAACCUAGACCUCUAUGUCCUUCCAGUUCUUAACGUCGAUGGUUAUAUCUACACUUGGACAACGGAUCGGCAUUGGAGGAAAUCCCGUUCAUCCCAUAAUAAUGGCACAUGUUUUGGGACAGAUCUCAAUCGAAAUUUUGAUGUACACUGGUGUACUGUCGGGUCAUCUAAAGACUGCAAUGAUUUAAAGUUCUGUGGGACAGGACCAGUGUCGGAACCAGAGACUAAGGCUGUUUCCAGCUUAAUAGACAGCAAGAAGGAGAACAUUCUGUGCUUCCUGACCAUACAUUGUAGUGGGCAGCUCAUUCUCACACCUUAUGGAUACACCAAAAAUAAAUCAAGCAACCAUGAAGAACUGAUCCAAGUUGGACAGAAGGCAGCAAAUGCAUUGAAAGCAAAACAUGGAACCAAUUAUAGAGUUGGAUCAAGUGCAGACAUUUUAUAUGACACAUCAGGGACUUCAAAAGACUGGGCUCGGGACAUUGGGAUCCCCUUCUCAUACACUUUUGAGCUGAGAGACAAUGGAACAUAUGGGUUUCUUUUGCCAGAGGAUCAGAUUCAACCCACCUGUGAGGAGGCCAUGGAGGCCGUGCUUUCGAUCUUGGGCGACGUACACGAGAAGUACUGGCCCUCAAACAGUGCUGCAAAGGUGACAUCCACCACUGUGGUGCUGAGCCUGCUAAUGGCCUUCAUUUCUCUUUUCUAAGUGCAUCCUGGCCAGGCCUGCUUAGCCCCAGUGAUGUGUCAGUGAUCACAGGGAAGGUGUUUGAGGCUCUAGAGGAAGUCACAUAAUUCAAAUCAAAAAAAUCUUUCUAUUUUAAUUAAUUUGCAUUUUAAUUUUUUUGCUGGUCAUUAAUGUUUAUUACUUUAAAAGAGUGUAACAUCUGUUAUAGCCACAAUCGUGAUACAAAUCAAGCCACUCUAAAUUUUGGUGGCUCAAGAAUCUCUAGGCCAGCGAGGAAGUUCUGCUAAUCUUGGCUCUAGUCACUUACACAUUUGUGGUCAGUUUCAGAGCAAUUACCCUGGGGGUCUAG